AUGAUGUUAGGGAAAAGACCUCGUCCUCCAAUGAAAAGAACAACAAGCAUGUCAGAGAUAACCUUCGAUCUGAACACAAUAACACCAGAAGAUGAUCCCAACAACAACCUCUUCACUCCUAACGGACCUGGUGUUGGUCCCUUCGCUCCGUAUCCAUCAUAUCCACCAAUUUCUCCUGGAACCAACGGUUCAGAUCAAACCAGGCUUUUAGCCACAGUUUCACCCAGAAACCCUAGAAGAAACUCAUCUGAUAUGACUCAAACCCCUGAUUUCUUACGUUCUUGCUUUCUAUGUAAACGCCGUUUAGUACCCGGCCGUGACAUCUACAUGUACAAAGGAGACAGUGCUUUCUGCAGUUUAGAGUGUCGUCAACAGCAGAUGAAUCAAGAUGAGAAGAAGGAUAAGUGUUGUGUGGCAUCAAAGAAACAAGUUGUUGUUGCGGCGGGUUCUAAGGUUACUACAAAGAGUGAAAAAACCGCGGUUGCCACAAGUUUGUAG